AUGCUCUCUCACGCCGACCUCCUGGAUGCUCGGCUCGGUGAGUUAUCAUCACUAAACUCCGGCCCUAAACUCCAGUGGAUGAAGGAUGCUGCAGAGUUACUCGGACACCGAGAGGCUCUCAAGUGCCGGCUGGGUGGUGGGGUGCCAGACCAGGGGCAUCCAGGAGACAUGGCCCCUGGUUCUGACUCUGUAGAGGGAACCACUCUCCUGCCCGGAGAAGACAUCGCCACUGUGGGAUCCAACUCUGCCGGCAUGCCGGUGAACGGGAAGGAGCAGGAGAAGCAGCAGCAGCAACCGCAGCAGAGCUCCAGUCAGUCCGCCAGCCAACAGAAACAGAAGCGGCACAGGACGCGCUUUACCCCGGCGCAGCUCAAUGAGCUGGAGCGCAGUUUCGCCAAAACCCACUACCCCGACAUCUUCAUGAGGGAAGAACUGGCGCUGAGGAUCGGCCUCACCGAGUCUAGAGUCCAGGUUUGGUUUCAGAACAGACGCGCUAAGUGGAAGAAAAGGAAGAAGACCACCAAUGUUUUCCGCUCCCCGGGGACGCUGCUCCCAACACCGGGCCUGCCACAGUUCUCUGCCGCGGCCGCCAUGGAGAACAGCCUGUGCUCCUUCCACGCCAACGACUCUCGCUGGGCCACAGGGAUGCCGGGGGUCUCCCAGCUGCAGCUCCCGUCGGCCCUGGGUCGCCAGCCGGGCAUGCCACAGUCCCUGUCACAGUGCAGUCUGGGCCCCGGCCCACCACCAAACUCCAUGGGUCUCUCCAACGGCCUUUCCUCCAACGGCUCCGGUCUGCAGUCCCACCUCUACCAGUCGCAUUUCCCCGGAAUGUCGGCCUCUCUAUCCGGCCCCACGAACGUAUCGGGCUCCCCGCAGCUGUGUAGUUCCCCGGACAGUGACAUGUGGAGAGGGACAAGCAUCGCGUCACUGCGGCGCAAAGCGCUGGAGCACACAGUGUCCAUGAGUUUCACUUAGUGACUUUUCAAAAACACCCCCACCGCACUACUCUGC